GGACAGGUUGUUUUUACGUUACGUUUUUGCUUCCGGUUGUCUUGGCAGGCAGCUGCUGCUUGUAAUAGCAGAAACAUGGCGUCCACGGCGGCAGGCAAACAGCGAAUCCCUAAAGUGGCCAAGGUUAAAAACAAAGCUCCAGCAGAGGUGCAGAUAACAGCGGAACAGCUACUAAGAGAAGCUAAAGAACGGGAACUUGAGCUCUUGCCUCCCCCUCCUAAGCAGAAGAUCACAGAUGAAGAGGAGCUUAAUGACUACAAAUUAAGGAAAAGAAAGACCUUUGAAGAUAACAUAAGAAAAAACAGAACUGUUAUUAGCAAUUGGAUAAAGUACGCACAAUGGGAGGAAAGUCUAAAGGAAGUUCACAGAUCCCGCUCUAUAUACGAGCGUGCUUUAGAUGUGGACUACAGGAAUAUUACACUAUGGCUGAAGUAUGCAGAGAUGGAAAUGAAGAACCGCCAGGUUAACCAUGCCAGGAACAUCUGGGAUAGAGCUAUCACCACCCUCCCUAGGGUCAAUCAGUUCUGGUACAAGUACACCUACAUGGAGGAGAUGCUGGGCAAUGUGGCUGGAACAAGACAGGUGUUUGAACGUUGGAUGGAGUGGCACCCUGAAGAACAAGCGUGGCAUUCAUUCAUCAACUUUGAGCUGAGAUACAAGGAGGUGGAUAGAGCACGCUCUAUUUAUGAGAGAUUUGUCCUUGUGCACCCUGAUGUGAAGAACUGGAUCAAGUAUGCACAUUUUGAGGAGCGGCACGGUUACAUUGCCCAUGCUAGGAAAGUAUAUGAGAGAGCUGUGGAGUUUUUUGGAGAAGAUCACAUGAAUGAGAACCUCUACGUUGCAUUUGCUAAGUUUGAAGAGAAUCAAAAGGAGUUUGAAAGAGUACGCGUCAUCUACAAAUAUGCUUUAGACAGAAUAUCAAAGCAGCAAGCCCAGCAAUUAUUCAAAAACUACACUAUAUUUGAGAAAAAAUAUGGUGACCGAAGAGGCAUUGAAGAUAUAAUAGUCAACAAAAGGCGGUUCCAAUAUGAAGAGGAAGUGAAGGCCAAUCCUCAUAAUUAUGAUGCUUGGUUUGAUUACCUGCGGUUAGUUGAAAGUGACACAGAUCCUGAUACAGUGCGAGAAAUCUAUGAGCGAGCUAUCGCUAAUGUUCCUCCCACAAAAGAGAAGAGACAUUGGAAAAGAUAUAUUUACCUCUGGAUUAAUUAUUCCUUGUAUGAAGAGCUGGAAGCAAAGGAUCCAGAAAGGACAAGACAAGUGUACCAGGCAUGCUUAGAAUUAGUCCCUCACAAAAAGUUUACAUUUGCAAAAAUGUGGUUGCUGUAUGCUCAAUUUGAAAUACGCCAGAAAAAUCUCUUCUUGGCUCGCAGAGCCCUGGGUAGUUCUAUAGGCAAAUGCCCGAAGCACAAGCUCUUCAAGGGUUACAUAGAGUUGGAGCUGCAGCUGCGAGAGUUUGACAGGUGCCGUAAAUUGUAUGAAAAGUUCCUGGAGUUUGCGCCUGAAAACUGCACAACGUGGAUUAAGUUUUCAGAGCUGGAGACCAUUUUGGGAGAUACUGAUCGAGCUCGAGCUGUGUAUGAAUUAGCUAUUGGACAACCUCGACUAGACAUGCCAGAAGUACUAUGGAAAUCCUAUAUUGACUUUGAAAUAGAGCAAGAGGAAUUUGAAAAGACGAGAAACUUGUACAGGAGACUUCUGCAACGGACACAGCAUGUUAAGGUUUGGAUAAGUUUUGCACAAUUUGAGCUGACUACAUGCGGUGAGGAUACAUUGAAUAAAUGUAGACAGAUCUAUGAAGAAGCAAAUAAGACUCUAAGGAACAGUGAGGAAAAGGAAGAGAGGCUGAUGUUACUAGAGUCAUGGCGAAGCUUCGAAGAGGAGUUUGGUACAGAGUCUACCAAUGACAGAGUUGCCAAGCUCAUGCCAGAGAAAGUCAAGAAAAGGAGAAAGCUUCAAUCAGAGGAUGGGUCGGAUGCUGGCUGGGAAGAAUAUUAUGACUAUAUAUUUCCUGAAGAUGCUGCCAACCAGCCCAAUCUUAAACUCCUGGCGAUGGCCAAACUCUGGAAGAAACAGCAAAAUAAAGAUGACGAGGACAAUGAAGAACAGGAUCCCGAUAAAGAUAUUGAUGAAAGCACUUCCUGACACUGAUAUUGCAGUGACCUGCUCAUUGUUUUUCCUUUUAUAUAUUUCUUAUAGUCUUUUUACUUACCUGUAUAUAAUGCCAUCAUGGACUUGUUUGCUAUGCAAAGCUACUUCCCCUUAUUUGUAAAAUAAAUAAAUCUAUUGAAAAAAGUA